CCAAAAAAAUAGCAGUAUAAAAUAUCUGAUACCGAAAUAAGUUGUGUCGACAUUUUUUCGUGAAAAAUCGUCAUUUACAUACAUCUGAACGUUAAGAGCUUUUUAAUUCACAUACGUAAAAAUCAACUAACUGAUCAGUGAUCAUGAAGUUCUUAUUGUUGGGUCCAUUGCUCUUAUUGUAUAUAAGUAUGUGCCACACGAGACAACUUCCAACUCCGCAAAACGGUAUAAGGACUAUGGGAGAGUUGAAAUCAUACCAUACCCAGAACAAACACAUAAUACAUCUCAAGCGCAGCGCUAACUUGGCUUAUUACGGUGCCAUUUCAAUCGGAACCCCACCUCAACCAUUCCAAGUGGUUUUUGAUACAAGAUCAUCUUGGUUAUGGGUGCCCUCAGCUUUUUGCAACAUUUCAGAACCUUGUCCCAAACAGGGUCAUCACCACUACGACCAUCGUAAUUCAAAAACGUAUCUUGGAAGCUCGGAGAGUUUCAGUCAUAAUAAACUGGCACAUAUAGAAGGAUGGGUGAAUGGAUUUACAUCAAAUGAUACAGUUUCUGUGGCAGGUCUUAACGUUGCAAAUCAAGAAUUUAUCGAAGCGACAGAUGUAACUCGAGAGUUCGAGGCUAAGCCAUUCGAUGGUGUUUUUGGAUUACAGCCUUAUUGGGGCCCAAAAUUUAAUCAGUCCAACAUCAUAUCACAGCUUUGUAACGCAGCAACGCCACAUCCAAAUGGAGAUAUUAAAUUUUCAUUCUAUUUAAACAGCAACAUAUCGGAUACCAACGCAGGCGAAUUAAUGUUAUGUGGGAUAGACAAGACCAAGUUCAGAGGUGAAUUAAAGUACGUCAAUACGUCACAAUUUCCAACCGCAAUCAUCUGGGAACUUCAAAUAAAAACCAUCACAAUGAAUUUUGAAAACGGACGCAACGCAGUAUUGGAUCCAUCGAUUCAACAUGGCGCUCUAAUCGAUACUAGUAAACCGUUCAUUUUGGGCCCAAAAAGAUACAUGAGAGAGAUUUACAAAGUUAUAAACGCGAACUCUUCGUCUAAGGGAAGAAACGGCGAAAUAAAAACGGUUGAUUGCGGAAACAUUGAUAAAUUGCCUAAUGUCACUUUUACUCUUGGUGAUCACAAUUUCACACUCACCGGAAAUGAUUACAUCAUAAAGAGUAAACAACAAAACCAUGAAAUGAUUUGCAUAGUUGGUUUCGGAGAUGCGCCAAAUCCAAACCAGAAUAAAGAAAAGGGUAAAUUUUGGUUUAUAGGAAACGUUUUCCUACGAAAAUUUUACAGCGUGUUUGAUCUGAAAAAAGGCAGAAUUGGAUUUGCUGAAAGUAUCAAAAACUGAGUUUUCUGAAUUAUUUUAUCAUAAUAUUAUUAAUAGAUAAAUACAAAUCAUUAUUCAUAAAUCAUUGACAGACUAAGCAGUUUGAUGUCUUUGUUUAAGCGAGCGAUUUUAAAUCGCAUUAUUAAAAUUUUACAAUCAA